AUCGCUGAAAUUAAGGUUAUCGUGCAUUGAAAGUUGUUCGGAACAGGAUCACUGUCUCUUGUUUACGUUCCAGCAAGCUGUUCUGCGAAAUAUACUGGACAUUCCCGCUCUCCUGUGGCCCUUUUUCAAAAUAGUGAAAUGGAAACGUGAAGAUGAGUCAUUAUGGCAUCCGGACAGAGGCUUCUAUCAGAUCUCCUUGGAAUUACGAAUGUAGCAACACAGUCUUUGUCAGUCACAAGAGUAGAGAACCAGAUUGGCAGUAAUGGUUAUGGUUCAAUUGUGAAUGACAAAGAAAGGAAAGAAGAUUAUAGGGUAAACUCUGAAGCCCCCAAAAGUGUAGAUGAAGAAAACCAAGUUACUUUUGAUCCAUUUAAUGAUGGUAACAAAUCCAUGUCUGUAAGUGAUGCAUUUGAUGAAAGCCGUUCUACUGAUGUCAAAGUGCCAGUAAAGUUAUUGAGGGAAAUCAAUCAAAAUGCUUCUGUUUCAUCAAGAGAUGUGUCAUCUAAUGAUUCUUCUGAAAGACUUCCAACUCCUGAAGCAACAGAUUUGUUGAAAUAUGGGGUAUUUGUGUCAUCUUCUGAUUUGCAAAUGGAUGCAUCUGCCCCACAAACCUUGGCUGACAACAAGAAACAUCAAAAUGACAGAGGGAACUUGCAAGAGUACACAGUGAAGGUGAGUGGUGGGCUGAAGCAAGGAACAGAGAAGCUGAAUGCAAAGCAAGAUACACCAGAACAAGCAGAGAAAGAGAUUUUAGUGUUGCAGUUUCCACAAGGUCAGAAGAAGACUGUUCUGCAAGAGAAAUUUAAGAACAGGAUGCAGAAUUCUGCCCCUGUUAAGAAGGCAGUGUUGCCUAAGAUUGUUGCAAGUGAAAGAAGUGGAAAUCAAUAUCCAUUAAGAGACACCAAAUUCGAAAGUCAUCCACCCACAAAGUCUGAAGGAGCUGCAAUGCAACCAACUUCUGCUAACGAUGCAGUAUCUUUUGCAGCCAUAGCCACAUCAACAGCUCUUACUCCAUUUUUGCAAAUCCAAAAUGCUCUUGAAAGUACGAUUUCAAAUCUGGUAAACACUAUGGGAAUGGCACAUGAAGCUCAAGACAAAUUCAAAUCUAGGUUACAAGAAAAACGCUAUGAAGAGCUUGAAAGCAAAAUAAUCGAAAUUCUUGAUAAACGAUUUGCGAAUUCUGGGAAAGAAGAGCACAGAGUGAUUCAACGAAACCAAGAGGAUAAAGACAAGAUGACAUCGAUUCAAGGGCCGAUUCCAACCAGUUACGUUGCCCCCAUUUCUCAGCCACCGUUUGUUGCUCAGCCCCUUUUUAAGGCUUCAUAUCCAACAUAUGACAGCGAGCUACAGAUGAUUCCAACCCGAGACGUGGGUAAUUCAAAGAAGACUUCUUCCCCUAUUCUGCCGACUGGUAUUCAUCCAGGAUUUCCAGUCAGUCUUUUGCCUCAACCUGUGCAAAAAGAGCCAGCAUACAUCCCUAGAAGCCGUCCAGUGCCUGCAAAAAUUUUUGAUAAAUCAACCAGCCCUGAUAGCGAUAUAAUGCAUUUGAAAAAUGCGAAAACCCAGACCAGCUCAUCGGAUUCAAGCCUUUUGUCCGAUAAGUCACUCCUAGAGACACCAUUACCUCGAAGUAAAAUUCCCGUCCCAUUCUCAAGGAAUACGCCCAAAAGUGCUGCUUUACGUAAACAAAAGGCAAAACGUUCUUCAGAACAUCGUAACGAACUGCUAAAGAGGAUUUUAAAAGAAGACAGGCACGCAAAAGUGAUCGACAAAGAAAACGCUAAGCCGACAGUUUCUAGUAACUGCCUAAAAAGAGAAGAUACGAGCCCAACGCUAGUAAACGCUGGCGAUCACAGGAUGAAAGACCAAAAGGAAAACGACGGACUUCUGUACGGAGACAAGCCAAUGAAAAAGACAAAAUUGGGAAAAGAUUCACAGAUGAGCCCCGUUGAACUGAUUGAAGAAUACAGAAACGUGCCAGCUCCCAUCGAUCGAUACUUGGUUUAUCCUCUUAGAGAUGAAAACCAGCGGCUCAAAGACCAACCUCUCAUACUUAAAGAUCCACCUGAUGCCAAAAGGGGGCCUGCGACGGGUACUAGAGAUGGGAAGAGCACAACAGAGGGCCACCACAUUGCUGUCAAUAAGGUACUGUCGGAGGUGCAGCAGCGUCGAGAACGACUAGAAAGUAACCUUGGCGCACUGAUAAGGAGAAGGGAUCAGCAAAGACUUUACGAAUUAAUUGAUCGUCCGGAAAGUGAAAGUGCAAAUGAUCUUCAACGCAUUCGUUAUGAAGUGAGCAAGAAAAUUGAUGAAAUUUCAACCCAAAUCAAGAAGGAAACCAACGAACCCAAAAUACCAGCAAUACAUGCUGCAUCUACAGAGGAAAAACAGAAGAAGAAUAUCCAUAGGUCAAAACAAAGGUCUGUUACUGUGGGUACAAAACAGAAGGCAAAGGAUAGUUCCCAGGUGAAGUCUUCAAAAUCAAGAAAAUUACCUGAACAGAAAGAUAAGCCAAAGAGAAAAGCUGUCGUGAAAUCAGAACCAACAAAUGCUCAAGCGGUCGUCAAACCACCCUUUUACGAUGCUGAUCUUCUAGCUGCCGUAUUGGGUGAACGUGUCUAUCAAGCACAUCGCUCCACAGUUCGUCCACCCCAUAUCCAGUUCCAUUCGCCAGCUAAACCUCCUACAGGAACCAAUGGCCUCGGAGUGAAACCCCAAGUUUCUCGUGAACACGAAGCUUCAAGAAAAGCUACUAAACAGAUAGGUGAAAUCGAUGAUACAGAAAAAGAUACAAGCAAACCCAAGUAUUAUUUUCAGCCUACAGAACCGGAUUUCUACAACAUAGAACGUUUCCAGUAUCCUUCAUCCGGUGAGCUUGUCCCUGUUGCCAGGUCACUUGGAAAACCUCGCCAGGAUGAGAAAUUGAGACUUCCUAUUCCGUCUGAAGAUGCUCGUUUGCCAGUCAGUAGUACACCUGUAGCACAGCGCCUGGUAAGCCAGUCCAAUGUCGCAGUUAUUGAAAUAAACGAUGCUACGUCGCCAAAAGAUAUCGAAGACAAGAAAAAGCAGACAAAACUCGUUAUACAGAAUCUACCAAACAUUGUCAUCGAAAAUACACAAGACACGCUAGAAAAUGAAGGGGCCAGUAGAGAGGUUGCAGAUAGUACUGUGAUAACAACUCCCCCAAAACCUGAAGAGUAUACUGACUUUCAAAGCUACAUCGCUUGCACUGACGUCACAGAUAAUGAAGCCAACGACAAAGAGUCACAGGAGAAAGAGAAAGCUUUGCAUUUUGAAGGGUCUGUCAAAGAUGAGCAGCGAGAGUAUAAUGAGCCUCGAUUCCCACCAGAACGUCCUUAUUGCGAGACCAACUCAAAAGGAGUAGAGAUUCAGUACAAGACAACUUUAGAGGAUAAAGCACAAGAAUGGAUUGAACACGAGUUGCUUGCACGAAUCGUAAGUCAGAUGAAUCUACCUGAGGACCCAACAGCAAUCCAACAAUAUCAUGAUUAUGAAAGUGAAGAGUUAUCUGCGUCAGAGGAAGAGGAGGAGGAAGAAGCCGACUGGAUCCAAGAAAUUCUAGGUCCGGGUGGUCUCCAGCUUCUCAUUGAUGCGGGGAUUCCCUUGAACAAAGAGUUGUUAGAAGAUCUAGUCAAAGAUGUCGUAGCAGAAAAGAUCGCGUCACUCCUAGGGUAUCCAAAGGCUGCAAAAACGCCUGCGAGAAAGAGUAUUAUAGAAGAAGAAUUGGUCUCCGAUGUCCUCCCAAAUGUUCUUACCCCGUUAGCCACCCCAGAUUACACGCCAGUCCAGUCUGAAGCAGCCGAAGUGCAUACACCAAUGCUGUCUAGCUUUACAGAAGACUCAAGCCGAGACGACUUGUCUGCAUUGGAUGAAGAAGUGAAAGAAGAUACAGUUAUCCAAAAAGACGACAGCAGCUUGCCAGCUGAAAACUUUGUCAAAAUUUCAACCCCUCCAAAGACGCCCCCAGUUUCUGAAAGUCUUGUAGAACAAAAUUUGAAUGUGGAAACCCCAGUCUCGUCACUGAGAGAAGAUCCGGUACCAACAAGUGUGCCAGAUGUGCAAACUCCCGAGUUGUCGAAAGCAGAGUUGACGCCUCCAGCUCUAGGAGAUUUCGAAAGUACCCAAAGCUUGACUGAUGAUAUCCAAAACGAAGAGGGUUCCUCCCUGUCACAGGAACAGUCGCAACAUGCACCAUCUCCUCGAAUUCUGCCACCCCCGCCGCAGAUUGUUCAAGUGAUAACAAAGCCAGUCUCUGUUCAAAACAGCAGCUUCACCGUUUCUUCAUCAACGGCUGUCGGUACCAGCAUGUUUGAUGGUAUAUCUGAAGGAGAACGGCUUUGGUCAGAUGACGUCAUUCCUGGUCUGUAUAGUGAUGGAGAAUUUCCUCUUUCAGAGGGUCAAGCAUUGGACUUUUUGCUGGAAGAGGGUGAUGGAGAUGCGGGAACAAAUUUCAAAGAUCUGUUGCAAAAUUUAAUCGGGCGAAAACAGGAUCAUGUUGAUGACAGUGCAACUUUGAAAGACACCGAGGACCUAAAUGAGGAUACCCUUGAAGAAGUGAGCAUUAGCGAAGGUGAGUUUCUGGCCAACGAUGAUUACAAUGACCCUAUGGUUAAACUACUGAACCAAAUCCGAAGCCCUUCAAAUGGUGGAUCCCCAAAGGACAGAUUGGCAAGUGAGGGCGAAGUGAGCAGAGGAGAAGAUAUGGAAGGUAUAAAUCAGGAUCCGGUUUUGGUAAGAGGCGAAGCAAUGCUCCCAACUCAAGGUCUCCGGAAGAGGGUGUUGUCUGCAGGCGAGAUGGCAGCCAGUAACAGCAAUAUUUCACACCCUCAAAGUUACUCGAUUGGAGAAGUGAGAAAUUUGCCGUUUAAUAAUGGAAACUCACCUUCUACCAAUGAGAUGCCUAAUAGAUUCAGGAAAGAUAUGCCUGAUAACGAAGCAAUUCGUAGAACUAAUUCUCAAGGGCUGGUCGCAGACACGCAGAGAGCAAUGAGGAAUUUUGAUACAAGUGAGGAACUGAAAAGUGUCGAUCGUAGCCCUGAAAUUGAAGGCAACCAACAUGAGCAAAGUGAGGAUGCUGAAAAUGGCCUCGAGAGGCCUAGAACGAUUCUUGUACAGUCUGGAAAUUUCGAUACAAUGUCUUCGUUUAACUUUACUGAUUCACUGAAUGAACAAAGGCUCGAUUCCUUUAAUGGACAAGGUACCGUGGGUGAAGCGGAAGAGCGCUCUCCUGAUGCUAACCAACCAGCAAAGGAAGUAAGAGAUUUUGUCGACAUGUCAACUAAGAAUCAAGUUGACAACCGUCCACCUACUAAGAUUACAUUGACGAUUCCAUCAGUGGCAGAUGAGGAUAGUUCAGAUGAACUGACAUUAGAAGGCGAUGAUAUAUACAGUCAUGAUGACGUAUCGAACAUAUCACUAUGAUGAUGACUCCCUCCUGUCAAUGAUCCAACAAAUUGAAAAUCUUCCUUUAAAGAACAGAAAAACAAUGCUUGAAACGAUUGAAGAACUGGAAAUUUCUAAUGUUUUCAAUCAUCUUCAACGGCUGCCACUGGUUGUUGACUCUGUUUAUUCUAUAAACAGUUUGCUUGAUCUUUACUUCUAGUUCUGGAAAUUUCUACGUAUUUUUGGUACAUUGUAGAUAAUGUUGACUAGUUUACAAAGAAAGAAAAGAAAAAUAUUAAAUUUAUUAUGAUUUUUGCAUGGUGCAACAUUGCUAAUAUCCAACGAAUCACUUGUUUUUUACUAACUUUCUUGAGUGAUGAAAGUAGCAGUUCAUUUCAGAUGAACGAUGCUCAGUUAUUUGGUCUCAAGUUCUCAAAUUAUGAAAAGGCUUCUUGAGAAAGAUAUUGUUGCUAACGGCUAAUAAAGAUAUUACGCAAAUAAACCUUUCGUACUGUACGUAUUCAGUUUUCCUAUCCACCGUCUAUCGAUUAUCCUCUUCGAUUGUCCGGACUUCAAAUAUCUGGGCUUGGAUUAUCCGGACUUUCCGGUCUGUAGGGAAUGUGAAAAAGCUUUAGGCGUUUUUGAUAAUGCAUCGGGGGCGUUUUUCUUGCUUUCCUUUUAAAAUGGGAUAAGCAGAAAGAAUUAAAGGCCACAGUGGCAGACCAGUUGCUGGAAAUGGCCACCAGAAAGCGUGAGGCAUCGCGCAUUCAAUUAAAGAUUCGCAUCUAUUUUAGGAGUAUUAAGUGUAUUAGUCAGUAAAAAUGUUUAAACGUAAAAAACAGUAGCUGUAGUUUAAACGUAAAAAAGAUAUGGAUACGGUAGACAAUUACAAUGUGACAAACUUCACAUGCACUCGUGUAUAUUUUUUUAUUUGCAUAAAAUGUUUUUCGAAAUUGAAUUUUAUAAUAUAUUUAUAAAAAAAUUCUUGAAAGCGGGAGGUGAGAUUUGAAAUCGGGAAAACAGGAGAUGAACUCCCAAAUCGGAAGACUUCUUAGCAGGAUAUAUAAGGAAA